UACAAGAGCCAGGGACACAAAGCUCUAACCCAGAGCAAUAUACUGUACAGCAGGCCUACUGUAUCUGAGGAUCAUGAAAGCUGAAGGUGGGGCUUUGUAUUAAACUCGGUAUGGCCUCUUUCCCUCUGCAGGAGACACAGGGAAAAGCUCAGGACGCAAUUCUCUGAGAGCUGGAACCUGAGGGAGUGCAGUAUUAACUCCUCUGAGCUGAUGUCUAAAUCCUGCCCCAGGCCUCAGUGCGGCCUGCAGCUUCAAAAGUGCUGCAAAUCUCAUGGGUCCUCCCCUCCUCAAGGGGACAGCAGUCUGCCAGCUGGCGCACCCACAGCAGCUCCACCUAUUCUCAACAGAGAGCUCUCCAAAGGGAAACACUUCAGGAGUAGCUCCCUGUCCCUCAGUCUAGCCCAAAGACACUGGGACACUCAUCGCACGAGGAACCCACCCAUCUCUCGAGGACCAAGGGUUGCUGGCCCCCCGUAUAGGCACCUGCAGGAGGUGGAGUCUACAGAGAUGGAGGCAGAGUCUUUAAGAGGGUUUGACACUGGGAGGGAUGGAGGUGACGACCGCCAGCGCAGCGGGUUCCCGAAUAUGCAAACCAUGUCUCGUUCCGCGAAGAAGAAGGGAUGGAGGGAGGUUCCCUGCACCCGUCUGGACAGAGGAAUAACACCCGCUCCUCCUUCUCUCCGCACGCACUCCGUCCCCAUCAUCCCCUCUCUCCAGGAACAGGACCGCGAGGGGGGUCACGUGGACGGGAGCAGGGAGAGGGUCUCGCAUGGAGGAGGUCUCGCCGGGCCAGGUUACAUGGCCCAGGCACCUGCCGGUGGCAGCAGCCACACACCCCCUCACUCCUCCUCCUCCACCUCUGUGACUGUACUAGAGUUAGAAGACAGACCCAGUCAUGUGCGUCCCCACGACAUUAAGACUACACUGGGGUCAGGGACAAGCCCUAUUCACACGCAACAGGGCUCCUCUGAAACUCCAGUAGGGCCAGGGGGAUCAUUCCAACACUCUAGCCUUGUGGCCUCUGGGACAGCAGCAUCUGGAUCAGGUGUUGCCGGGUUGAAUAGCACAAACACUCUUAUUGCUGUGACCGUCCUUGAGUCAAAGAAAAAGAGAAUGUGGUCUACACCCAGACUGCUCUACAGCAUUCCCGGGAGCAGGGGUCCUCAGGAAGGUGUCCAAAGAGAGGCCCAGGCGCUCUGGAAACAAAAUGUCCCCCUGGUGAAUGGAGGGGCAAAUGCCUUCCUUUCAGUAGUGGUGGCAAAAGGUGCUGGAAUUGCUUGUGCCAAAACUUCUGCCAGCUGAUUGGAUUAUUUCUCGCCAACUUGCAAGGAGAGACUCUGUCCACCUGCAUCGAUGACACGGGAGGGGGGUAGGACCACCUGCUUAACUAAUUGGCCCCUGUUUUCUGUAAAAGAGCCACAGCAGCCUGGACUAAAGAGAGGAAUUAAUUGAUACAUUUAAGACACUGAAUUCUUAAGAAAACACACACACAGUCUGUGUGAAUAAUGUGAAACAAUGCAGACAGACAUAAAGACCGGUGGAAGCUUGAUAUAAAUGUGUAUUUGAAAAAAUAUAUAAAUGAUUUAUAUGCCACUAUUUAAACAAAGCUUCUACUUAGAAACUAAAAUAGUGUGUCAUCUCUAUGUUGUUUCUCUAUUGUAAAGAAAUGAAAUUAUACAUGUCAUAUAUAUAUAUGUCCUAUAGAUGUGUAUAUAUAUUUGACAUGACGACGUGACAAAAUAAAGAC